AUGGCGGAGGAGAGGGGACCCGAAGAUGGGGGUGGAGGAGGAGGAGGCGAUGGUGUCCUUCUGUAUUACAAGUACGCGCCCGUGCCAGACAUCGACGCCCUUGUACGGCUUUAUGAAUCCAACUGCCGCUCCCUCGGUCUUCUAGGCCGCGUCCGCGUCGGUCCUGAUGGUGUUAACGUCACUGUACGCGAUUCUCCGCUUUCGAUCUGUUGGAUGAGGGAUGAGGGAUCUGGAAAUGCUCCUCCAGUGAUUUUCGCUGUAACUCGUAUGUGUAGGUCGGCGGGAAGUUAUCGUCGUUAGAUGAACACAUCGCGACGAUGAAAUCGAACUGCUUAUUUGAUGGUACGGACUUCAAGCUCGCCUGCUGUGAUGGCCCUGCCGACGACAGGAUCUCCAGGGAGUGCGGGUUUACGUCCCUCUCCGUCCGAGUUGUCAAGGUUAUCGCUCUCUCUGUCUCCACUCUCUCUUCCUUUCUUUCCUCAUCUUUUCAACGUCAUUCAUAAAGUGAAUUACUUCUCUCGAUUAUAGCGAGGCAAUAUUGUAUCCUCGUUUUUUCGUUUAUCACCUGGAAUCCGGUAGGGGCUACUUUUUGUAGGUGAAUGCCUGCUAUAUAAGCAUACAUUGGGCGAUGUAUUUUUCGAGGUCGCAGAUUGGAUAUGCAAGGGAGAAUCACCAUUUUGACCCACAAGUAGAAGAGUGAAGGGCAACACAUUUCACUUGCCACACUUUUGUUACCGUGCAAAAGAACGCCUUUCCGCACAAGUUGCCUCCUAAUCAUGAAAGGAGUGUCUGUCACUUAUUCUGUUCAUCUUAAUACCAUUUCAAUCAAUAAUGUCGUGCUACGUGCUACGUCCUGACAAACAUUUUGGGUCUUUGGUCUUAUUGUGUAAAUGCCACAAUAAUGGAAUAGUCGUAAUGGACCAAUGUAGAGAGAAAUUGUAGAAAAUGUAGAAUGGGUGGAAGAGAGCUGUAGUAUAUUUCGUUGUAGAUCUCCUUAAGAACUACCACCAAAGAAGGUUGACCUUUGAUCAUAUGCAUCUGAUUCCUUCUUACUCUGUCUUUGUAGGUUAAGACAUUCAUAUCAUGCCAUAGGUCUUCCAUAUUUCUGGAACACCCCAACGCCAAUAAUGUAGAUGUAUGUCGUCUACAUUAUUUUAGGUCUUGGAGCGUUAAUCAAUGUAUGGCUCCACAUAUAGGCAAUUGCUUUUGCUUUUUUUGAUCUUUCCUAGAGAUGGUUUAGGUAUUAAAUCGAUAAUUGAAUAAAUCUUACAGCAGCAGAGCCCUAGUAUUUGCCUAAACAAGAUGGAAUAUGUCGUAUCUGACAACCAAGACAACCUUAAAACAAAUAUGGAAAUCAGUGCUGAUAGAUAUGAGGCCCAAAAUAUGGUCCUUUUUUCUAUGUUCUCAAGAAAAAGAUGAAGGAAUUGACUGUGGUCAAAAUUAGAUGGUUUUUAAUUAAGAUAUUUUUAAUCUAAAGCCUUUUGGAGUGCUUGUGCCAAGUGUUGCCAAGACUUCUAGAGAAACUAUUCGUAAAAGGAUUGAAAAUGCCAGUUCUGCUAUGCACAGUUGAGGAUUAUUAUGGGGAGGGCUCAGAACAACAUGCUCAGGUGGCGCCUAAUGCCUUCAGAAAUUGUGAGAAUAUUAGAGCCAUUGUGUUAUUGACUAGGUCACCAUCCACUUAACAUUAAAUGUGGGAGGAGGAAGAUAUGGUUCAUGUGUUUUCUACAUUGCUUCCGCUCACAGUAUGCAUAGUCAGUAUCUAUGGAUGGGUUGUUAGUGGAACUGAGUGCUCAAAGGUUCUGUAAACUACAAUGGUUAAUUCCCCAUGAUACCCUUUGGGCUAUUAGGAACAAGUAUGUUGAUCAUUAAUCCGUUCAUGACUGUGUUUUAGUUGAUAGGGUUUUUCUUUUCGUUUCUUCCUCGGCGAAAGAGUGGGCAAGAAUUCUAUGAAACCUGGAAGGGGUUGAUUAACUGUUGAGAACUGUCUACACCAUCCUGGGGUAGUCUCUUACUAUUGUCAUUAGGGUUGUUUUGAGAACUAAUUAUAAAAAUACUUCUGAAUACCUUAACUAUUCUUGAUCCCUAAGGAAUAUGUUGUAUCAAUUCCAAAUAAAGAACAAGGCUUAGUGUGGGCAUCAGUUGAAGUCAAAGUAAUUAGACCACCUGUGAAUCUUUCUUUCUUACCAUCCACAGGUUUUUGCUUGGCCUUAGGGUCCUCUUCUUUUCCGCUUAUGUUAUGUCAUUUUACAAAAACCAGGCAAUGAAAUGUGAUUGUCACUUUCACUUUGUUUUUGUUUCUUUCUCACCAUUUACUACCGGUUCCUUCCCUUCUGUUUUAACUUUUGUAUACUUCUUGCCCUAUAAAAGACCACGAUAUCAGGAAAUUCCUUUCUAUUCUUAUGACAUCAGUGAGCAUUAGUAGCCAACUACCGUUGCCUAAAAUUUUUAGCACUUUUCAUCAGAAGCAAGCUCUUUAUGCUCAGAAACUAGUCUAGCUAGGUCUCAGCAUAGCUAACCGGAGUUUGAUAUCAGGUUUUCAGUCAGCUGGAAGGUUAUGCUGGAUUCCAUGUGGCUUUGCCAUCCAGCUUGACCAGGUCUUACCUAGUCUCAGAUUAAUUCGAAAAGGGUUGAUGACGGUUUAAGGAAUCUUACUUCAUUGUGCACUACAAAUGGAAUUGGUCAGAGAUGGUUGAGUAGAGUCAUUACAGUUCGAUUCCAACCAGGUAACUGUCUCCCUGAAAUACAGUGCGUAUUUUACCUAUAUGAAGGUGUAUAAUUAAGAUGGGUGGAGUUUUUAAAAAAACAGCUAUAUUCAUAGUGGAGUUGGAGUAAUCACGAAAUUCUUUUCUUCUGUGAGGUUUCUGACUAUCUCAGCUGGUUAAAUUUAUCCUGACAGACAAAGGGAAAAAAAUAAUUUACGUUUCCAUCAUUUAGUGCGUUAUUCUUCUCAUUACUUUGAUCAGCUCUGGUGUAGAAGCUUCUACAAUAUUGGGAAGAGAUGUCAUUUAGUGUGAACUCUUGGGAUGUUUUGAAAUGUCAGUGUCUGAGUGGGAUUAUUUGUCUUUAUCUUUGAUAAAUCGAACAGGUUCAGAGGCAGAAUGAGUAAGAAAGUGGAAUAAUAAGGUUCACUUUGAAAUCCACGUUUCUUCUAAUGAAUGAAAGUAGGGGAACCGUGGAUUCCAUGAUUUGAUGAAAAUAUGAGGUGCAACUUUUGAUCUGCAUUUGAUGGUUCUUCUUCUAUGGCGACUGUUAAGAAUCAUGGAGUUUUCUCUCUCUGGCCCAUGCCUGGCGCUCUUCUAACGCAGCUGUGAUUCAUCCAUCUUCAUGAAACUGCUAAAGGGGUGAAGCCUCAAAAAGGAUAUGAAAAAUGAGGAAGAAAAGAUAAUCUAAGAUCAAAGGAGACACAAAUGGUCCGUGUAGAAGGGAAUGACCUUUCGUUUUGCUUGUGAUUGGGCUACCAAAAGAAAUGCUCUCUCUGAAGUUGUCAUCUUUAUCUUUUGGCGUUUGCUUAUGAUACUCAAUAAUUCUAGUUACGUGACAAUUCUGGGGAAUCACAUUUUUUUUGCCUUUGACUUGCUUGAAAGUUUGAAGUAUGCUUGCCUUUUUUGACAAUUCUCUCUGGACUCAUUCCUUUUGGUAUAAGUUAUUUCUGUAGAGAUAUACUUUCUUAAUUUUUCCAGCAUCUUUCAUUCUAGUUGUUCUAGCUUAGGAUAAUGGCGUAUAAUAACCAAGGUGACCCAUUGCUUUCUUCUAAGAAAAAAAAUUCCUUCAUUGCCGAUUGCAUUGGAGGACAUUUUACUUCAUUUUAAUACAAUGUUGUGCUUACUUUACCACGCUUGUUAUCAUAAAGUCUUAUCUCAUGGAUAUGUGUAAGCAUUCAUUUUUCAAAUUCACGGAAUGCUGGAUAAAUUUCUUGUCUCAACAGUUACUUCCCUUGUUUGGAUGUCUCAUGGUCAUAUUUUCUUGUCUUCUGAGUCUGGAAAGAAUUUAUGCAGUUUUGGGCAUGUAAUGUGUUUUUGGAAAUAAUGCGUCUGCAAACAGUUCCUUAAGUUAAUUUAAAUUAUUUGCAUAGAAAUUCAUUGUUGUGAGAACUAGCGUUGCCUAUUUUUUCUGUUUUGAAUGAUCUGGAAUUUGCCAUCCUCCAUAUUACCUUGGUCAAUCAACGGUGAGAUGUUCCUUUUCUAUGUUGUUACAUUCUUAACAUCCUCUUAGUGGUAGAAAAUAUAACCUUUAAACCAAGAAGUCAUGCUUCUGCCUAAGGUUCUUGUGUGCAGUGGCUAUUCAAAGAAGCAUACCCUCAUGAUGCAGCGUUUGAGCAACUUUAAUUGCAGUUCCAACUGAAACAUGCAUUUAUUGUUAAUUUUUUCUUUCCCUCUAUCCGGUGCUUUUUGUGACCUCUCCAAUGAUAAAUGCGUUUUACUUUCAUAAAAAAUGGCAAAAUUUAUCUUAUCAAAACAACUGAGUGCUAUUUUUAUAUGGGUAGUUUCUCCAUGCAUUUAAGGUGCAUGAUACACAGAUGGUGGCCAUCUGAUAGUUCUUUGAUUAUGGGAAAGUGGAUAUCCCAUUCUUUAUCAUGCACUUUCUGAUUUAAUUAUUUUGUUAUGGUUUCUUCAGGAAUUGGUUACUUUCAUACCCCAUCCUCUGUUGAAGUCACCAAGUAUUUCAAAUGCUGGGAAACAUCUCUCUGCAGCUGAGUUUCACUCUGUUUUGCACAAUUCUGGUUGGUGAGAAGGAACUGCGCGAAUUAACUAUUCAUUAAUUAUCACAGUACUCAGAAUCGUAGAGCAUUGUCAAUGGGCAUGAUUUUGUGACUGUUGUUUGUGUUUCGCUUAAUAAAUGAUGUUAUCAGCAGGAGAUGUCGAUUCCAAGGGCUCAGUACAACACAAACAGCUUCUUCUGUUGGAUGCAAGGAACUUGUAUGAGACAAGGAUUGGGAUGUUCCAGUCACCCAAUGCAGAGACACUGAAUCCGGGAAUUAGGCAGUAUAGUGACUUACCUGCCUGGAUUGAUAAGCAUUCUGAACGGUUGCGCAAUAAUCGUGUGCUAAUGUAAUUUACUUUUUCGAUUCGGCAUUCUCUUUAUGAUUGAUUAAAUCUUUUACAAUCAUUAGCUUUUGAUAAAUGCCGCCUUAUAGGUACUGCACUGGAGGUAUCCGGUGUGAAAUGGCAUCAGCCUAUCUCAGAUCAAAAGGUGCUGGUUUUGACAAUGUUUACCAGGUAUUUAUUGUAAAUUAUCAACAUCGCCAAUUAGUGUUUGUAAACUGAAGAAUUAAUCUUGUUUGAAUAUCGCAUGGAGAACACUGCUGCCCAUUUUGAUUGGUUCGAAGAAAUUCGUCAUUAUAUAGUGUACUAUGUUCGGUUGUAUCAUUCUGGUAUUUGUUUUGUUAUUAGUAGGAAUCAAAAGAAAUAUAGGAAGUAGACUUAUCUUCCUUGAUUCUUUUGAGCAUUUUAUUAUUUAUAGUGUGCUGGACUUUUAUUGUAAUUUCAUGUUAUGGGUUAGAUGGGUGAGAACGAUGGUGGCAAUUGUUGAUAGUAUAGUGGAUUCAGUUAGAUUUUUUUUCCUGGGUUAUUGACAUGAAAGUUGGGGCAGGCGUAAGCUAUAUACCUAUAGCUAUUGACAUGAAUGGUGGGUUAUUGAUGGAUUCUAAUCAUCAUCCAGGUGGAACUUUAGGAAAAUAGAGAGGAGGCAAGAUGCACAGGAACUCCAGAUGAGGUGUUCUUGAUGCUGAUAAUUUUUUCUCUCAACCUGUUCCCCAGGUUAGAUCGAGUAUAAAACAUUGGGCUUGAUGCCAGGAUAGGUAAUCAAGUGCAUGAGCUGGCCUAAAUGAGUUGCUGGGUAUAGCUAUACCUGUACCCUCUAGUGAAGUUACCAAUGUAAAAAAAAAUCGUGUCAACAUUUACUUGUGUUAUUUUCUGAUAAUGUAGCCAUAUAAAAAUAGAAAAAAUGUAUGUUUUUCUUGCAAACUUUAUGAAUGCUUUUACACCAUUAUGCAAACAUAGAUCUGGUGACUUGUCUUAUUAAAACUCGUAAUUGUGGUCCAUUCUUAAAAAGUGUCACCUAGAAACUCCCUUACACGUCCGCCACCUGUGAAGCCCAAUUAAUCUUUUCUCACAUUAGCUCAUUUCUUGGCUUUUCACAUUUACUCAUUUCUGAUAUGAGAUUUAAGAACAUUAAAUCUGAGGAGCGCAUGUAUACAUUGAAACAUAGAAUGUAUACAUUCUAAUAGGACUGAACUCUGUACACAUUUCGCAUGUAUACAUCGUGAGAAGGUACCUGAUCUGGAUGAAGUUAUCCAUAUUAUUAUGGAAGAGGAGAGUAGAUUGAGUCUAAUCAAUACUGGGAAGAUUGAGUCAACAGCCUUUGCGUCCAGAAAUUAAGAUUAAGGGAAUCAAUUAGAGAAAAAGGAGGGAAAUCAAAACCCAAUCACUGCAUCACAGGGAAGAUACCAAAAGUGGGAUAACAAAGAAAACCUUUGGUGUUCAUAUUGCAAAAAGAAGCAUCAUACAAGAGAAAAUUGCUGGAAGUUACAUGGACGACCACCUCAAUAGGGGAGGGGAUAUGUGGUUACUUCUCAACCAGCAGAGACUAUAGAAGGUCAAUCUGCGACAAAGCAACCUCCCAAUCCUAGUAAUCAGCAGAAGGGUAAUGAAUUUGCAAAACUGAGGGCGGAAGUAGAGAAACUCAAGAAUAUGUUGAGCUCUACAUCCUUGGUUCAGUCAGGUGAGAAUAAUUUUUUCUCAAAAUCUCAUAUGCAUUCAACAGUUUUUCUAAAUUGUCCAAAAUACUUGACUCUGGCGCCACAGACCAUAUGACCUCAAAUAUGUGCAAAUUUCUUGAUUAUACGAAAUGUGAUGGGCAGAGGAAAGUUAUUACUGGUGAUGGUGAGAUUCUACCAGUAGAAGCGAUUGGGAACUUGAAAAUAAAUCAUUUAGGCACUUUAAGAAAUGUUUUACUUGUGCCUAAACUAUAGGCUCAUAUGAUUUACCGUAGAAACUUGUUAAAGAUAUUAAUUGUCGUUUCAUUCUUGAGGACGAUGGAUGUACAUUGUGUGACAAGGUCUCAAGGCUGAAGAUUGGACAUGUUAAGGAAGGAGGAGGCUUGCUCUACUGGGAAGAGGAUGAUCGUGCGACGAUGUCUGUACAGUAGUCACCUUGGAGUGGAGUCAGUGAACACAAAAAUAAUAGUAUACUGUUACAAUACUGUCGUGUUGGACAUCCUUCCUUUGAUCUCCUAAAAACACAGUUUCCUUCUAUGUUUGAAGGUGUUGAUAUAAAACCUCUAGUGUGUGACUCUUGCCAAUUGGUCAAACAUAAAUGUUUUUCAUUUGGAAUGCUGGUGAACAUAGUACAAUCCCUUUAUAUUGUAUACACAAUGAUAUUUGGGGGACAUCGCCUAUGACUAGCUUGUCUGGAUGCAGGUGGUUUAUUUUAUUUGUUGAUGAAUGUACUAGAUUUACUUGGGUUUACCUCCUAAAAUCAAAAUCAGAUGCCACUUAAGUGGUGAUUUUUUUUUGUGAAAUGAUCUAUAAUCAAUUCGGAACUGUUGUCAAGAGGUUUAGAUCAGAUAAUGAUAGAGACUAUUUCAAUUCGGUUGUGUCCUCUUACUUUGAUCAGAAAGGGAUAAUUCAUGAGUCAUCUUGUGUCAACACACCUCAACAAAAUGGGGUUGCUGAGAGAAAAAUUGGACACUUACUGAAUACAGCUAGAGCUCUUUUGUUUCAACAAAAAGUUUUAAGGCAAUAUUGGGGGCGAAGCUGUCCUCACUAGUACUCAUCUUAUUAAUAGGAUCCCAGCAAAAAACACUAGAAUAUCAAAGUCCUAUGGAAUUGUUGAGUACAUUCUAUCCUCAUGUGAAACUAAAGACUCAUCUUCGUCCAAGGGUAUUUGGAUAUACUGUUUAUAUUCAUGCUCAAAGCAUAGUGGAAAACCUUGAUCCACGAUCUAUAAAGUGUAUAUUUGUUGGGUACUCAACUACACAAAAGGGUUAUAAGUGCUAUAAUCCUGCUUCUAAAAAAUUCUUCAUCUCAGCUAGUGUGACUUUUAAUGAGUUGGAACCAUAUUAUGGGGUGAAAAAUCCACAAGAGUUAGAGAACUCGAUUGCUGCCACUGAGUUAUAGGACAAAUGAAUUCGUGAUUCAGGAGACUCAUUCCUAGAAUCAAAUAAAUACAAGUGUAUAGGAGCCGACCUAGAGUGGAGACACAAAACACAGUUGAGAUGAAUGAUUUACCUGCACUGUAGAAAGAACCAACAGAAGAAACUAGUCCAAGUACAGGAGACACAUCUCAAAUUUAUAAUUCUGAUCAAGAAGAGGAUCAUCAGUUCACUGAAGCCAUUGAUGAGGCGCAACUAGAUUGGCUCAUUGCUCUACGCAAAGGAAAGAGAAGUUGUAUAAAUAAACCACUCUAUCCUAUGGUCAACUACCUAUCGAAUGAUAGGUUAACACCAUUGUUCAAGGUUUUUCUAAUGAACUUGAAGACAAUGAUUAUCCCUAAGACAGUAGAAGAGGCCAUGUCACACAAAGAAUGGAGUCAUGCCAUGGAUGAAGAGAUUGAUGCUCUAGAGAAGAACUGUGCAUGGAACUUAGUCCCUUCGCCUUCAGGAAAAAAGGUGGUUGGCUGCAAGUGGGUAUAUACUCUUAAGUAUUAAGCUGAUGAAACAUGUUAAAGAUACAAGGGAAGGUUGAUAGCUAAAGGCUAUUCACAAUCUUAUGGAAUUGAUUAUUUUGAGACGUUUGCUCUUGUUGCAAAGUUGAAUGCCAUCUGGAUGUUUACAGCAUUGGUAGUAAAUCUAGGAUAGGAAAUGCAUCAAUUUGAUGUGAAGUAUGCAUUUCUUCGCAGAAAUUUGGAGGAAGAAGUAGAUAUGCAUAUACCUCCUGGUUACACAUUUACCCAUUGAAAUAAUGUUGUUUGCAGGUUGAAGAAAUCGCUAUAUGGCUUAAAACAAUCACCCCGAGCCUGGUUUGGGAGAUUCACUCAAGCUAUGAAAGGAUUUGAGUAUAUACAAAGCAAUGGAUAUCACACUCUCUUCAUUAAGCAUGGUGACCGAAACAAGGUUACAGCCUUAAUUGUGUAUGUAGAUGAUAUCAUCAUAACAGGAGAUGAUACUGAGGAGAUUAAAUGUCUGGCCAAAAUCUAUCUAGAGAAUUUGAGAUCAAAUCUGUAGGAAGGUUAAAAUAUUUCUUGGGAAUUGAGGUUGUGUUCAAAAGGCGGUGUAUUUCUUUCACAACAUAAGUAUAUUCUUGAUUUACUUCAAGAGACUAGAAAAUUAGAGUGUAAACCUGCUGACACUCCAAUUGAUCCCAACUUAAAUUUGGGAGAAGGUAAAAACUCUGAUCAGGUGGACAAAAGCUCAUAUCAACGGUUGACUGGGAGGUUGAUAUAUCUAAAUCAUGCUGCCCGGAUAUAACAUUUGCAGUGAAUGUACUUAGUCAGCAUAUGAAUGAUCUAAGGGAGAUACACCUACAUGCAGCAUAUUGAGUGUUGACAUAUCUAAAGACAACAACAGAAUAGGACAUUCUAUUAAAAAAAAGGAGGGAAUCAAUCUGUUGAAAUCUACACUGAUGCUGAUUAUGCAGGAUCUGUUAUAGAUCGCAGAUCAACAUCGGGCUAUUGUACAUUUGUUUGUGAAAAUCUUGUGACCUGGAGAAGCAAAAAGCAAAAAAUAGUUGCACGAUCUAGUGCUGAAUCAGAAUUCAAGGCAUUGGCCCAAGGGAUAUGUGAAGGCUUAUGGCUUCGAGGUUUGCUGGACGAAUUGAGAGUCAACCAAUCAAAUCAUAUUAAAUUGUUUUGUGACAACAAGUCAGCAAUAUUUAUUGCCCGAAAUCCUGUACAACAUGACAUGACUAAACAUAUUGAAGUGGAUCGACAUUUUAUCAAAUAAAGAGUAGAAACAGGAGAUGUAGAUCUGAUAUAUGUUGGGACAUCAGAACAAGUUGUUGACAUAUUCACAAAGGGCCUCACAAGACCAAUAUUUCAAAGGAUGGUGUCCAAGUUGGGCAUGGAAAACAUCCAUACCCAACCUGAGAGGGGGUGUUGAACUCUCUAGGAUUGUUUUUCCUUUCUAUUUGUUUCUUUUCACUGUGUUUUCGUCCUUCUCUGGCAUUCCCUAUGUUAAGUGGAUCCAUUAGACUGUUAACGGAUCCACUUAAAGACCAAUGUAAUGGGCCUGGCCCAUUAACUCAUGUAACCUGUACUUAAGCGGGAAACCAAGAUAAUUGAUGUAAGAUUUUGGGAUUGCGGAAAUUCUGCUCCAAGAAGUGGUGACUGAUUCAUCUUCCUGGAGGAUCGUGAAGAUCAAAUCCUUCCAUUCUCCAAGUUGCAAGAAUCUCAAUCAAGAUCAAUUCUCAACAAAAUGCUCUCUUUUACCCUUCAGCAUAUGAUGGGUGUUACUAUCUCUAUUUGUGGACUAUUUCAUCACACAUGACCAGGAAGUUUACCAUCAUCAUCUUCCAUAUUUUCUGAUACAGAAUGAUUGAAUUCUUGGUAAAAUGAAGGGGGUUAUUGUAGGUGGUUGGUAGACAUGAUCUGUGUCUGCUGUCCUUGGCAAAAAUCAGAGCAAUUAAAUUUUCUUUGUUCCUUUAACCUUUCCUUGUCUUGUAUGCGUUGUAUUCCCCCGAGGUGUCCAUUGAUUGACUCCGUUCUGUCACAGUUAUUUGGUGGAAUCCAGCGGUAUUUAGAGCAAUUUCCAGAUGGUGGAUUCUUCAAGGGAAAGAAUUUUGUUUUUGAUUACAGGUGGAUAUUUUCUACUCUGUUCUCUGUCUCCCAAACAGCUGUAACAUAUUGAUCAGUAUCGAAAGUCAUAAAUUCUUUUUUAGAGAGUUCAUAUUCACACAUUGUAAUCUUUUAUUUCCUAUUAUAAUCACUUCAUAUCUUUACAUGAAUUGAGUCUGCCCGCUGGACGGCCAGCUCCUACGUGCCUGGUGUGUGAUCUACGGGUCAGCCAUGGAACAACUUAGCAUAGUCCAUUUGACCUAUUGAUAUUAGAAUACUGUCCACGUUUAUAUCUACAAAAGAAAUGAGAUAAUGAUAUUAAUAUGUGAUUUUUUUGUCUUUUGAAUCUUGAACCCUAUAUUUCGUUGUAUAUCACUGACAACACAAUAGUAGAUUCCUAGGCGUUUGUUUUAUGAAAGUUCAUUUGGCAAUUUCAAUCAAUCUUUGAACAAAGUGGUUGACGCAGAUUUCUCUGUGAGACAAACAUUGUUUUGGGUAAUAUAAAGCGUCGUGUUCGGGUAGGAUAUAGAUUUGAGUGAAACUGUCAUGACAUGGGUAUUUGGUUUGUGCAUAAAGAAAUUGAUUUGUUGCUCUUUGAAAUGCAUCAGAGUUUCAGUUGGAAGCCAAGAUGUGACUGUUAUGGGAUCAUGCCUACUGUGUGGUACUUCAUUUGAUGAUUAUUCAUCUAGAUGCCGAUGCACCUAUUGCAGGAUGCUGGUUCUGGUGUGCAAGGAUUGCAAAGUAUGUACUACCUAAUUCUCUCUCACAUCAUUUUAUAAAGUGAUUCAAUUAAUUUUCCAGGUUUGAGUUUUAUAGUUGGUUGAAAUGAACCUAUUGUGGAUAAUAGACAUGACAUGAAUUUAUUAUUUCGAAACCUAGUAUGGAAUUUUAUUGUCUAAACAAGAGAUUUUGACUUAUUUCCUUUAAGAAUAUAUGUACAGUACCAACAUGUCUUGUGACAUUAUCUUUUUUAUGAUUUUAUUCAUUGACUCUUACUUCUUUUUUUCCUUUGUUUUGACUUGCAAUUGAUUUUGGAAAUGUUGUAAUUUGGCUUUCUUCCAUCCUUUAAUUUCUUAAAAAGAAAACUACUAUCUUUUGUCUAUUAUUUGAUAGACAUGCUGUACUUUGUUCAGAUAUAGAUCCUAUACUUGAUGCAAGUUGUUGGUAGUGAGACUUUUCUGAUGGAUGAAGGAUGAUAAAGCAUACUAAAUUGAAAAGAUGGAUUGAGUUAACAAACCCCCAUUUGAUGAGUCAAAUAUAUUGAAUGGACUGGUAUAUGAUAUUAACAUAGUUGAAAUGAGACAGAUUUCUCAGAAGUGCUAGCCCAUAGCCCAAGCAAGAACAAAUUAGUUGUGUAUGAUGUUGAAGGUCAGACCUAUGGUUACCUAAGUUAUUAGGAGAUGCAUAUUAAAAGGCUUUGAUGGAGAGAAUGGUGCAGUUGACUUAAGAAAAUGAACAACUCUCGAACUAAGGAGAUGACACUUAGAAUGGACAAUGAAUAGAAGCAUGCUCUAGUGAAAUAACUAGUUAAAUGCUCUAACUAUGCUAGACAGUGAGUCAAAAUAUCUAAGUUCAAAAAACCUGAACUUCUUAUAAAAGAAAAACCUUCUGAUGUGUAGUGGCUUUUUCUUCCUUGAUUUGUCUAGUUUUGCACUUAUCUUACGCAUGCAUUCUUGAAUCCUGAACUCUCUUAUUUUUCAUGCAUAUUCCUCUCCUUCCAUUGCCAGUCGUUUUGUUCAUGCAUAUUCUUGCCUUUGUUAAACUUCUUUUUUUAGGUCAUUAUUCACAGUUAUUUCUUAUUUGAAACUGGUAAUUUAUUUUGAUUUUUUUUUCAUGUUUGUUCCUGCCCUCCGUUGUAAAACUAAACAUUAGUCCAUACCAGAAUUUUUUUCUUCUGACUGUUCGUGUUUAUCUUUCUUCCUUGAACCAGAAAAGUUCUUCAGUCUAUGUUUGUGAGCUAUGCCAGAGACAUCGCAGUGAAUGUGAUCCAAGGCCAUCGAUGGGUGAUGAUGAAUUGCUUUCAGAGCUCUCAUCUGAUUUAUCAGGGCCUGAGCUCAAUGCCGCGAUUCUCUCUCUUCAUGCUCCACACUUGGGCAAUGGUAAUCUUUAUCCCACAUGAAGAAGAUCUAAUUCAGUUGCAACAUUAGAAUACAUUUUUUAUGAAUUCAAUGCCCAUAUAAUCUGUGAAAUUAGAGUGUAUUUACACGUUUACUUCAGUUAACAUUUAUGUUUUAGUAGUAUUGGUUGUCAAGUUUGCAUCAACUCUAGCUGGAAAAAUGCAAAGAGGUUCACAUGCAUUAAAAUGACUUUUUUUACCAUAACAAUGGAAUAUUUGUAACAAUGCUUAAGCUUAUUACGUGUUUCUGAUAAUAUAUCUUAUAGAAGAAAUAGAGCAACAGAAAUGCGGUAUGCAAUUUUUUUUUGGUUUCAAAGCAAACUUGGACAAUGGAGUGAACUCCACAACAUUUCUAUCUAGGCUUGGUUUGAAACAACCUUUGCGUUUUGAGGGGCGUAUUGUGGCUAAAGAAACAAUAGGUUUUUGAGCUGCGGUGCAUUAUUACUUUUGUCCAAAAAAAUUAUCAUUUUUUAUUGUACUACCCCUUGAUAAUGAAAGAAAAUUUGACUGUGACUUAUUGAAUAAAGGCAUUGAAACCCAAUCAAGUAUCUGAAAUGGAACUGAUAUCUGAGAUAGAAAUAGAAAAGACUCUGCCAAACAUCCAAUAAGGUCUUGGGUCCUCUUUAGCCUUCUUAUUUCUAUAACCUACUUUCAAGGUCGUUGAACCUCUAGUUCUAGGCUUCUCCUUCUGUGCACUCUAGGCUACUUUAGUCGCUCCCAUUUGAAUAAAGCUCACCCUUGAGUCUUCAUUUCUUUCAUGUUGAAAGUACUAGAAAUACUCAUGUUAUUUGUUGAAAAUCUUUCUUUAUGUAAGUAUAUUAUAAUUAGAUCACCAACUUCCAUUUUUUUUUUCUUUUCUGAUCAACUAAUUCCUCAUAAAGGUUGCAAUUUCUUGCAAUAUAUUUCUUGACACUUUGUGGACUGUUUCAAUAUGAUCUGUUAUGUUGUUAACGACAAUAUUUGUUUGUCUAUUUUGGUCAAUUCAGUAAAUCUAGACGAAUCUUCACAGGAGAAAAUAGUAAACAAUAGAAAAACGAGAUUAGUUAGUGGAGCAACUAAUUAUAGAAUUACAUGCAAAUUUGAUUCGAGUCAAUACAUAAUCCCAAUAUCUUGGUAUAUAUCUCAAAAUACAUUGAAUAAAAAAUUUGAGAGUCUUAUUUACUUCCUCAGUUUGGCCAUCUAUUUGAGGGUGACUAGUACUACUGAAAUUUAAAAUAGAAUCAAACUUUUUCCAUAGAUUGCUCCAAAAGUGUGGCAUAAAUUUUGAGCUUGAUCAGAUGUGGUUAAUUUUGGGACUCUAUGCAAAUGAACUACUUAAAUAAUGAGUUGGUUACCAAGACAAGACCAUUUUAAAAUGUGUUAUUUUAUAGAAUUAAUCAACUACCACAAAAACAGAUUGUGCUCUUCGUUGUCUUCAUGGUAGUUUUAAAAUAAAAAUAUAGAGAUAUGUAAGCCUAUGGUUGGUCAAGAAUUGACAAUAGAAUGUACAAACCAGUGUUUUAACAUUGUCCCUUGUUAGAAAUUUGAUAUCUUCACACGGUCUUCUACAUCUUUCUUUCACUAAGGCCAAUAAUAAUGCUCUUCUACUAAAGCAGUUUUUAUCACAGUUUAAAUGUUUUCAUAAUCCUUCUCCAUGCAAUUCUCGAAUUGACUUUUCAUACAAUAAGAUUCUUGUAAAGAAUAAUUGAUUCCCACAAAAUAAGAAAUUUUCAUGUGUAUAAAAUUAUUUAGUCACCCAUCUUGUACGCAUCUAAACUUGAGAAAAACAUUUAUUGCCUUGGUAUAGUUACUUUAGAAAGUCAAAAACUCUUUAUUUCAACAUCAAGGUUGACCAAACAAACAAUUUUUUUUGCUGCGUUCUGCAGCUUGAUUCAACUUUUUUGACUUAUGUUUGAUAACAAACGUGAAUUGGUGAAUAAAUGAAACUCAUCUUGCAUUGUUCACGCUAAUUUUACUAUUAAUACACUUUUAAUAUUUGGUGAUCAAUGAACAAGAUGAAUUCUUGAUGUAUCUAAUAAUGUUUCUUAGUAUGCAAAGAUCUAACUACAACAUACAAUUCUAAUUUAUAACUCAUUCAUUGUCUUCUAGAAUCAAUAAACUUUUCACUAUAAAAAAUAAUAGGGUGGCCUUCUUGGGAUAACAUGACUCUUAUCUCAACAAUGAAGGCAUUACAUUCAACUUCAAAUUAUUCGUAAAAAUUCAGUAUGCUAAUACUAGACUAGAGCAUAAUUUCUCUGUAAUCUAAUUAAAGCUUUUACAUGAUUCUUUGCUUCGAGUGAAGUUUCUCCUUUUCAUACAUUCAGUAAUAGAUGCAAUAAUGGAACUGAUUUUUUUCAUACAUAAUUUCUGCAUUUGUAUGGAAACUUUGCAUUUGGUGAAUAAUUUGUCGUAAGUAUGUCAUCAAAACAACUAACAAUUUUUUUUGGAUAUAUAAUUUUAAGAUUUGAUUCAUCAUCCUCAUAAAUUAUUGAGGAAGAAAGGAGAUUUGCAAUGUCAUAUUUUCUAAAUAUGUUGCAAUGUCAAUAAGGUAUAUGAUGCUAUAAUUGAUAGUGGUGGUAGUGAAAAUAUUGUUUCCUUAAAUAUGAUUCUCAAAUAGAUGUGGGUGGGGCUUCAAUUUUAAUCUUAAUUUUCGCACCAUAUCCAAGGAGAUAAAUUUUUAUUAUUGUUGUUAUCAAUUAUAACAUCACAUAUUCAAAUAGAUAAUAUUUUUAUUACUAUUUUAUCAAUGAUAACAUCACAUACUUUGUUGUUGACAUUACACUACAUUUGUAGGCCAUGUUGUUGUGGAUCUUUCUUUUAUUAAAAAUUUAUUAGUAUGAUGAAUCAAGUAUUAAAAUCAUAUAUUAAAAAAAUUAUUACCAAUAAUCUUGAUGAUAUACUUGUUUAUGAUAGUAUAAAAGUAGAUGUCAUUCACUGAAAAGUGAUGCCAACAAUUUUCACAGCAAAAUGAGUUACAUAUCCAUUCAAAGAAAUGCAACUUCGUGACUAACAAUCUUAUUUUCUUAUGAUUUGUAAUAAGUAUAAAUGGCAUAAAAAUGGAUGAUAAAGAGGUAUGCACUAUCAAAGAUUGACCAAUAUUGAAAAAUAUUCACCAAAUGUGAAGUUUUCAUAGAUUAGUCUCUUUUUAUCAGAGAUUUAUCAAAAAUUGCAAUUUUAAUGUUGCACCUGUUACUGAAUGCAUGAAAAGGAGAAGUUUCACUUAGAGCAAAGAAAAUGUAUGCAAGAUGGGUUUCACUUAUUCAACAAUUCAUGUGUGUUAUCAAACUUAAGUUACGAAAUUGAAUCAGGACAUCAUGCUGAAAUAAUUAGUUUUGACAAUCUGAAAUAAUUUUAACAAAACGAUGAAGAUUUUUUCCAAGUUUGGGAUGCCUGUAGGAUAGGUUGAUUGACUAAAUGAUUUCAUACAUAGGAGAUUUUCUUAUUUAGUGAAAACCAAUUAUGUAUUUCAAGAAACUCACUUUGAGAAAAGCCAAUUUAAAGAAUUGUAUGGAAGAGUAUUAUGAAGACAUUUAGGAUGUGAUAAAACUCUUUAUUAAGUGAAAGAGUGUUAUUAUUGGCAUCAUUUAAAGAAAGAUGUAGAAAAUUAUAUAUGAAGAUGUUUAGUUUGUCAAGCAAACAAGGGAGAAUACCAAAAUGCUGGUUGAUACACUAUUAACAAUUCUUGGCCGAUCAAAGGUUGAUAUAUCUAUGUUUUUUGUUUUAAGACAACACAAUGACAAUUAAGAGAAAACUUUGUCUUUGUGGUUGUUGAUCAAUUUUAUAAAAUGACACAUUUUAUUACCUGUAAGAAGACAAAUGAUGCAGUCCAGGUUACCAACUUAUUCUUUAAGGAAAUAGUUUGUUUGUAGUUAUUGAAUCAAUGACAUCUAAAUGGAACUCAUGAUUUUUGUCACACUUUUGGUGCACUCUAUGGAAAAUGCAUGAACUAAUAUUACCACUAACAACAUGAUGGAUCAUAUCAAAGUAAUCCAUGAAGGUAUCAAGGAGUUGGUUGAUCAGAAAAGGUGAAAGAAAGAAGGUUUUUGAAGCUAGUGAUUUCCUUAUAGUGUGCUUACUCUUCCAUGCAAUUCUUAGAUAUCAUUUAUUUCAAGAAACUCGUUGUGAGAAAAGCCGAUUUAAUGUAAUGGAUAUUUAUGUCUAUUACGACGAAAUAAAUGAAGACUCAAGGGCGAAUUCUUUUUCAAGUAGGGGAGGCUAAUGUAGCCCAAAGUACAGAGAAGUAGGAGAAGCUUAGAAUUAGAGGUUUAGUGCCUUUGGAAAGGAGUUGUAAAAAUGAGAAGAUUAAAAGGUGUAAGAUCUUAUUGGGCCCAAAUAAAGAGGCAAUGUCUGUUGUCUCACACUGUCCUAGCCAAUUCGCAGACCCAAUCCACGAACACCAUUUCACUGUUGUAAUACACCUAAGUCUAGAUGAUCACAGGAAACCCUAGUGAAAGAAAGAUGAACGGAGAUAUGAUAGUCAAUAUCUAGUUUUUGGGAGGCCUGCGAGCUGAUUGCAUUUUUUCGUGUGGCCAUGGUGCAUGGUCUGGGGGAUGAUGAGAUGAAGUGUAGUCCCAAAUGAAAACAGCCAAGAUGAGCAUGGGCUGAAAUUGCUUCUGUGUACAAGGAUCAUUGCAAUAUAAUGGAUAAUUGGCCUUUAGCGUUUGUUGCAGACGAAGAACAGCCCCAAUGGGCCCUUUUGAAUAUAAAGGCCUCUGUCAGACACUUGGAAUGACUGAGUGAGAACACAUUGGAAUUUGUGCCUCAGAAUUGUAGAGUAAAAGGAUGGGUACCUUGAUCAGAGGACAGCAAAUGGCUGCAGAAGACAGAAAGUAGCACACUGUGCGGGAAAGCAGCAUACCCAACGUGACAGCUUGUGAGAAGAAUAGGUGCACUAGAUCUCUUCUGUUGACAAUUAGUAUAGAAGGCUGUUUAUUUAUUUAGGGUUCAGUUUUUCCCCUAGAAGAACUAAGCCAACCGAAUCGUGACUAAUUGACAGUAAUUGGGUAAUCUAUGUAUUAUUUAAAUUGCCCCUUCUGAUGUGGGACUAUUCUAACAGCUACUUAGUCCCAACCCUCUGGAACGAGGCCUGAUACUUAGUUCAGUCUGCCUAGACGAGAUGGCAUUUAUAAUUUAAUUUUUAUAUAAAUACUUUGCUCACUGUAGUUCUAAUAGGAGUUCUGGUUGGUAAACCACAGAAAGAUCAAACUUAAAGCAUAAUACUUUGUUAUUUUUAUUUCAAUUGACACCAGCAUUUAAUUAUUGCUGACAGGUAAUUGGCCGAGAAGGAAGCUCAGGAUAUUAUGCUUGCACGGAUUCCGACAGAAUGCAUUGGGUUUCAAGGGACGAACAGCAUCAUUAGCCAAAAAGCUGAAGGACAUCGCCGAACUUGUUUAUGUCGAUGCUCCCCAUGAAGUGCCAUUCAUCUACCAACCACGAUCUAGUCCUGGAAGGAGCCAUGGUUCCGUGGGUUCUUCAGCCGGGGAUAUUGAUGAGACAGCCUGUUCUACUCAGCAACCUCCACCCAGCUGGAGCUGCAAGAAGAAGUUCGCAUGGUUGGUUUCCCCAACAUCAUCAAGCUGCUUGGAAGGCCCAGGGUGGGAGAUGGCCAACCAACCAUUCGAUCCUCUGCAGUACAAAGAACAGACAGGUGGAUUCAAUGAAUCAUACGCAUUUCUGAAGGAGUUCUGCUCUCGAAUGGGACCAUUUGACGGCAUUCUUGGAUUCUCUCAGGGGGCAGCCAUGGCCGCCCUGGUCUGCAACCAGCAAUGGAUGUUCGAUGCUGCCACUCCUGACUUCAGAUUUGCAGUUCUCUGCUCAGGAUUCUCAUUACUCCCCUAUCAAAGGUCCAUAAGAUGCCCCUCUCUUCAUGUUUAUGGCAGCAGCAAAGGCAGAGAUCGGCAGAUAGCAUGUCAGGCCAGCAUUGAGCUCGUUGGUAAGUUUGACCAGGGGUGCUCUGUGGUUGUUGAGCAUGACAUGGGCCAUAUAAUCCCAACUCAGGCCCCAUAUAUUGACCAGAUAAGGGAUUUUCUUCGGCAGUUUCUCCUUGCAUAG